CACAAUUCCGUUUGAUCGAGAUGCAGCCUGCAGCCAUAAAGAAGGCCGCCUCCGUUGGCGAUGCCACACGGCUGCGAAAGUUCCUGGAGACCGGUCGCGGCAAGACGAUGGUGCUGACGGGUGCAGGCAUUUCGACGGACUCGGGCAUCCCCGAUUACCGAGGCCCCAAUGGCGUGUACAACCGCAACAAAGACUUCCGUCCCAUCCAGUUCCAGGAGUUUAUUGGAGCGCACACGUAUCGUCAGCGCUACUGGGCGCGCAGCUUCCUCGGCUGGCCCAAGAUUCUAAACACGCAGCCCAAUGGGUCGCACUACGCGCUGACAGAGCUACAACAAGCCGCCGCAAUCUCUAGUAUUCUCACGCAGAACGUGGAUCGCCUACACACUAAAAGCGGCUCACAUAGCGUCGUGGAGAUGCACGGGUCGCUGCAUGAGGUGGAAUGUCAGGGCUGUGGACAGGUAACGUCCCGUCAGAGCUACCAGGAAGAACUGGCGGAGCUGAACCCCAAGGUCGCCAAAUGGUCGACGGAUAAUCCAGACAAAGAGACUGGCGACGUGGCUUCCAGUGACAAAGUGAACCCGGACGGUGAUGUCGAUAUCUCGUGGAACUACGACGACUUUGUCUAUCCUGCAUGCAGCAACUGUAGCGGCAUCAUGAAACCCAGGUAAGCCUCGCAGCUUUCAUCAUGAUAACGAGGCAUGUCAUUUGGAUCACCUGCUAUUAUUGCUCGCUGCUUUAGAGUCGUCUUCUUUGGCGAGAAUAUGCCUGCGGCGACACGAAUGACUGCACUGGAGCGUGUGAGCGAUGCCAACGCGUUGCUGGUCAUAGGCUCAUCGCUGAAGGUUUUCUCGGCUAUGCGUCUUAUCAACCACGCACACGCUCGCAAGAUCCCGAUCGCCAUCGUGAACUUGGGACCCACGCGUGCAGACGAGCUGUGCAGCUUGCGUAUUGACAAACCUUGCACGAGUCUGCUCAGUGAGGUGGCGGGCUUGUACUGAUAGAAAUAAAGCCUAACUAAUACAACACGAUAACAUCAAAAAGCACUCGAAUGACGGC